AUGCCCAGCCCGCCCGGACUCGGGGCGCUGUGGCUGUGCGCUGCGCUGUGCGCCUCCCCGUGCGCCGCCGGCGCCCCCCAGUCGGGCCCCGCGCCCGCCGCCUGUCCGGCCCCCUGCCACUGCCAGGAGGACGGCAUCAUGCUGUCGGCCGACUGCUCGGAGCUCGGGCUCUCCGCGGUGCCCGGGGACCUGGACCCCCUGACGGCUUACCUAGACCUGAGCAUGAACAACCUCACAGAGCUGCAGCCUGGCCUCUUCCACCACCUGCGCUUCUUGGAGGAGCUGCGUCUCUCAGGGAACCAUCUCUCACACAUCCCGGGACAAGCAUUCUCUGGCCUCUACAGCCUGAAAAUUCUGAUGCUGCAGAACAACCAGCUGGGAGGAAUUCCCGCAGCGGCCCUGUGGGAGCUGCCGAGCCUGCAGUCUCUGCGCCUAGAUGCCAACCUCAUCUCCCUGGUCCCGGAAAGGAGCUUUGAGGGGCUGUCUUCCCUCCGCCACCUGUGGCUGGACGACAAUGCACUCACCGAGAUCCCUGUCAGGGCCCUCAACAACCUCCCUGCCCUGCAGGCCAUGACCCUGGCCCUCAACCGCAUCAGCCACAUCCCUGACUACGCCUUCCAGAACCUCACCAGCCUUGUGGUGCUGCAUCUUCAUAACAACCGCAUCCAGCAUCUGGGGACCCACAGCUUCGAGGGGCUGCACAAUCUGGAGACACUAGACCUGAAUUAUAAUGAGCUGCAGGAGUUCCCCAUCGCCAUCCGGACGCUGGGCAGACUGCAGGAACUAGGGUUCCAUAACAACAACAUCAGGGCCAUCCCAGAAAAGGCCUUCAUGGGGAACCCUCUGCUGCAGACAAUACACUUUUAUGAUAACCCGAUCCAGUUUGUGGGAAGGUCAGCAUUCCAGUACCUGCCUAAACUGCACACACUAUCCCUGAAUGGUGCCACGGACAUCCAGGAGUUCCCAGAUCUCAAAGGGACCACGAGCCUGGAGAUCCUGACCCUGACCCGCGCAGGCAUCCGGCUGCUCCCACCAGGGCUGUGCCAACAGCUACCCAGGCUCCGAGUUCUGGAGUUGUCCCAUAAUCAAAUCGAGGAGCUGCCCAGUCUGCACAGGUGUCAGAAGCUGGAGGAAAUCGGCCUCCAACACAACCGCAUCUGGGAAAUUGGAGCUGACACCUUCAGCCAGCUGAGCUCCCUGCGAGCCCUGGACCUGAGCUGGAACGCCAUCCGGUCCAUCCACCCUGAGGCCUUCGUGACCCUACGCUCCCUAGUCAAGCUGGACCUCACAGACAACCAGCUGACCACACUGCCCCUGGCUGGACUCGGGGGCCUGAUGCAUCUGAAGCUCAAAGGGAACCUGGCUCUAUCCCAGGCCUUCUCCAAGGACAGUUUCCCAAAACUGAGGAUCCUGGAGGUGCCCUAUGCCUACCAGUGCUGUGCCUAUGGUGUCUGUGCGGGCUUCUUCAAGGCCUCUGGGCAGUGGGAGGCUGAGGACUUUCACCUUGAGGAGGAGGAGGCUCCGAAGAGGCCCCCGGGCCUUCUGGCUGGACAAGCUGAGAACCACUAUGACCUGGAUCUGGACGAGCUCCAGCUGGAGAUGGAGGACACAAAGCCACACCUCAGUGUCCAGUGUAGCCCCAUUCCAGGCCCCUUCAAGCCCUGCGAGCACCUCUUCGAGAGCUGGGGCAUCCGCCUGGCUGUGUGGGCCGUCGUGCUGCUCUCCGUGCUCUGUAAUGGGCUGGUGCUGCUGAGUGUCUUUGCUGGCGGGCCCGGCCCCCUGCCCCCGGUCAAGUUUGUCGUAGGGGCAAUUGCGGGUGCCAAUGCCUUGACGGGCAUUUCCUGUGGCCUCCUAGCCUCCGUCGACGCCCUGACCUUUGGCCAGUUCUCCCAGUAUGGAGCCCGCUGGGAGAUGGGGCUGGGCUGCCAGGCCACAGGCUUCCUGGCCGUCCUGGGGUCCGAGGCCUCCGUGCUGCUGCUCACCCUGGCCGCCGUGCAGUGCAGCAUCUCUGUCUCCUGCGUCCGGGCCUACGGGAAGGCCCCCUCCCUGAGCAGCGUGCGAGCCGGGGCCCUGGGCUGCCUGCUGCUGGCCGGGCUGGCCGCCGCCCUGCCGCUCGCCUCGGUGGGAGAAUACGGGGCGUCCCCGCUCUGCCUGCCCUAUGCCCCCCCUGAGGGCCGGCCAGCUGCCCUGGGCUUCGCUGUGGCCCUGGUCAUGAUGAACUCCUUCUGCUUCCUGGUAGUGGCCGGCGCCUACAUCAAACUCUACUACGAUCUGCCGAGGGGCGACUUCGAGGCCGUGUGGGACUGCGCCAUGGUGAGGCACGUGGCCUGGCUCAUCUUUGCCGACGGGCUCCUCUACUGCCCCGUGGCCUUCCUCAGCUUCGCCUCCAUGCUAGGCCUCUUCCCUGUCACCCCGGAGGCCGUCAAGUCUGUGCUACUUGUGGUUCUACCCCUGCCUGCCUGCCUCAACCCUCUGCUCUACCUGCUCUUCAACCCCCACUUCCGGGAUGACCUGCGGCGGCUCUGGCCCUGCACGGGGACCCCAGGGCCCCUAGCCUAUGCUGCUGCCAGCGAGCUGGACAAGAGCUCCUGCGAUUCCACCCAGGCCCUGGUGGCCUUCUCUGAUGUGGAUCUCAUUCUGGAAGCUUCCGAGGCUGGGCGGCCCCCUGGGCUGGAGACCUAUGGCUUCCCCUCAGUGACCCUCAUUUCCUGUCCGCAGCCAGGGGGCCCCAGGUUAGAGGGCAGCCAUUUUGUAGAGCCAGAGGGAACCCAAUUUGGGAACCCACCACCCUCCAUGGAUGGAGAACUGCUGCUCAGGGCAGAGGGAGCCGUGUCAGCAGGCGGGGGCCUGUCAGUGGGCAGGGCCUUCCAGCCCUCUGGCUCCGCCUCUGCCUCACACUUAUAAAUGUCCCUCCUCACUCUUUGCUUCCCAUCUCUUCCCUUCCCUCCCCUCCCCUCCCACUCCAUGAAUGAUGGCUGCUUGUAAAAUAAAU